AUGCAGCGAUUAUCCACAGCCAUAGCCAAGAAAAUUCAUCACGGCCACGUUCUUGUACACGACAGCCAGAUAAUCCAGACCCUAAGACCGCCGUGCGACGUGUUCAUAAGCCACCGUGGCGUCGAGACCAAACGGAGCGUCGCAGGCCUGCUGCACAACUUCCUAAGCUUGCUCGGCGUCCGUCCUUUCCUGGACGUCAGGAGCUUGAAGCCUGGAGAUAAGCUGCUUGAGGAGAUCAACGCCGCCAUUUACGGUUGCAAAGUCGGGGUGGCGGUGUUCUCGCCGCGUUGGUGCGAGUCGUGGUUUUGCCUUCACGAGCUCGCUUUGUUGGUGGAGGCGAAGAAGAGGGUGAUACCCAUUUAUUGCGACGUGGAAGCGUCGCAGCUUCAGGUGGACGAUGCGCAGCAUUCGGCCAGUGAUUUCCUAAGAUAUAGGCACGCUCUUGAGGAGGCCAAGAGCAAUGUUGGUCUCAGUUUCUAUUCAUCACAAGGGGACUGGUCGAAGCUAGUGAGAGACGCAUCCGAUGCAGUGUUACACAACUUGCUGGAGGCAGAGGUAGAGAAGCCCCAAUUAUAG